AUGACAACAGAAAAGGCGCACAAAAAGAGCGGGAAAGUUCCCUCUUCGCCGCCAUCUUUGUUCGCUACCAUAGAUAAUGCACAGAACCAUUGUGCGCAGAGCGCGCUCGGCUGCUCGACACGUGCAGCGCACAUCUGUCCUACGGGUGACGGCGGCACCCUCCACUCUCGACCACAUUCCCAGCAACGAGCCCAAACUUCCACAAUCUGUUUUUAUUAUAAUGCAGCAAGGGCCUACUGA